AUGGAGUGGCUGCGCGGGAAAUGCAUCGGCAAGGGCGCCUUCGGCACGGUGCACCUCGCCGUGGACACGGCCACGGGCCGCGCCUUCGCGGUGAAGUCGGUGGACGCGAAGAGCGCGCCGGCUGCGGCCAUGGCGUGCCUGGAGAGCGAGAUAAGGAUCCUGAAGCGGCUGAGCUCGCCCCACGUGGUGGCGUACCUCGGCGACGACGGCGCCACGGGGGCGACGAGGAACCUGCACAUGGAGCUCGUGCCCGGCGGCAGCGCCGCGGAGGCGGCGGCGCACGGGGGCCUCGGGGAGCGCGGCGCACGCGGCGUCCUGCGGAGCGUGGCCGCCGCGCUGCGGUACCUGCACGAGGAGGCCGGCGUCGUGCACGGGGACGUCAAGGGCCGGAACGUGCUCGGCUGCCGCGACGCCCAAGGCUGCUGCGGCGCGAAGCUCGCUGACUUCGGCGCGGCGAGGCUGGUCUCCGACGCCGCGACGACGCCCCGCGGGCCGCGCGGGACGCCCGCGUGGAUGGCUCCGGAGGUCGCGCGCGGCGGCGCGGCGACGCCGGCGUCGGACGUCUGGUCCCUGGGCUGCACCGCGCUCGAGCUGCUCACGGGGAAGCGCCCGUGGUCGGAGCUCGGCGGCGCCAGCGAGGUCGGCGAGCUGCUGCUCCUCGUCGGGUUCGGCGGGAAGCGCCCCGCGAUCCCCGCGUGCCUGUCGGACGCGUGCCGCGAUUUCCUCGACAAGUGCCUCCGCCGCGACGCCGCCCAGCGGUGGAGCUGCGAGCAGCUGCUGCGCCACCCGUUCCUUUCCACGGACGCUGGCGACGAUGCCAGCAAGCCGUGGCCAUCCCCGUCCCCGUUUCCAUCUCCGUCGCCUCGCGCGGUCCUCGACUGGGCCCCGUCGUCGGAUUCGGACUCCGAGGCGCUGGACGACGCGGAGACCGAGAGCAAGCACGAGGUCAUGGCGCGCGCCAAGGGGCGGGUCGCCGAAUUGGCCUCAAACGGGCCGCGGACUAGUUGGGACUGGGAGGAAGUGGAGUGGGGAACCGGGGCCACCUGGGCAGCCGACACCCGGGCCCCACCUCCACCUCCCAGUUCCGAGGCGCCAAGAAAUGGCAACGCAACUUACGCAAGUGCGCUCGUCGUACCCAGCGCCGCCGCCUUCUCCGAUGGCCGUCCUCGUCUCGUCCUCGUCGUCGGCAGCAGCGGCAGCGGUCUCCGCUGUGGCCAUGGCCGUCCUGGUUGUCACAGUCACAUCUGUCGGUAUAAAUGCGGGUUUGGGGUGGUAGGAGCAGGACUCGGCUGGCCGCCGUUGGACGUUGUACCUGUGCUAGUACCAUGUACUGUUGUUCCCUUUGUCCACUCAAAUUCAAUUCAAUUCAAUCUCAAAUUUGUGUCAAAUCAAGCAGCCAAUGACCUGAGCUUUGCAUGCCGUUUGCGUUUUGCGUGCGUUCUUUGA